AUGGCUCCCAAGAAGGUCAUCACUCCUAUGAACAAGGAUGACACCGAUGCCGAAACGGAGGCAUUGAUUGCUCAGCUCCUCGCCUUAGACAUUGCAGAGUUGAACACCACACUGUCAGGAAGCUCCAAUGACACAGUUGAAGAGUUGAACCAGCGGUUGUCCGAACAGUUGCAGAAAGUGAAGGAUCAACAGACAGUGGUCAAAAAUGCUCUCAAGUCUCGCAGUGCCAACCCCAAGACCUUCACAAAGAAGCUGACGGUCUUGCUCCACUACAAGGGCAACGAAUAUGAGGUUUAUAUCACGGUGGCCGAUGACACCACGGUGGGGGGCAUCCGCUUCAAGGUGGUCGAGGCGUUGAACUCCCUUUUGAAAAAGACAGGUCAGCGUCCUAUGGCAAAGGCAGUGGCAAGGGCUCUUUACAUCAACAUUGACAGCAGGGACUACUCCAACAACCCACGCAAGGGCAUCAAGUCUCUGGGAAACAUCGACAACAUCCCGUUUGCGAUGAGCUUCCCCCCGUCCUUCAACAGCUACUUCUACAUCCCAAUGAGUGCAGUGAUUGAAGAUGAAGAAUCCGAGGAGGACGACAAUGAGCAGUAG